UAUUCAGAAAGGGAAAGCGCAAUACCUACAAGCUAGUUAGUAGCUCCACGAAACAUUUUAUUUUUAGUGAAGAACGUGCACAUACUUGAAACCAAAACCAUUUUUCCUUUCCUUUUUUUUUCAUUUUUUUAAAAAGUAAGUUGUUUAGAAAUUGAAGAAUGAUGAACAAAUCACGCUGCAGAAGAAGCUCUACUUUGGUUCUUCUCUGGAUCAUCGUUUUUUGGCACCAAAUAUUAUCAGUAGUUUGCGAAAGAGUGCAGCUGCAGUUCAACAACGAAGAUCAGAAACUAUCUUUCUUUCAAUUAUUAUCAACCUCCAUUGAUUUGUUCAAGAGAUCUCAUCUAUCUUUUUGGCAAAACUUCAAAUCUGUUAUCUAUCAAUUCCAGUUGCACUUCGCCCCUCCAAAUCUUGAUUUUAGAAGGAGAGACACAAUAGAAGGAAAGGAAUCAGAGAGUGUGCGAGAAAAUAUGAAAGAAGCAGUGAAGAAGAGCAUUAGAACAGGAGAAGCAGCAAUUAAAGGAACUGCCAAAUCAGCUGCAAAAGUUGUUCAAAAGACUGCUGAUAAGGUCAAGAAGAAAAAGAACACAGUCUCUCAAUCUCAUGAUGAGCUUUAGACUUGUACACGCAUUUUCACUGUUACUAAAAAGCUUUUAUGAUAUUUUUACAGAUAAAAAUAAAACCCAAAAAAGGAAAAAACUAAAAA